AUUCAAGAAUUUCAUUCAUUUAGUCGUAUCUCAAAUCUGGAUUUGAACUCAGGUCUGGAUUUCAACAGUGCAUGGGCGUACCAACUGAGCUGGGCCUGUUGGUGGUCUCUCCUGUUUUCAGGGAUGCGACGACAGAAUACAUAUCAGAGGCAGAGGCUCUGAGGCAAAGGUUGAAGAGGAUGCAGCUACAUAGGGAUGCUCUAGCCAUGCAGAAUGCGACAAUGGUUCAGGGAAGGAGGGCCAGGGGGGUCACGGCAGCUAGGACCAGUGCUCGACUGGCGAUGAUGGAGGAACGACUUACCAGAAGAAACAUGGAGAUGAACUCUGUGACGGAAAGCAUUUCUUCGUGCGCGCAGGAGUUAGCUCGCUACCAUGCCUUGGAAGAGGAGGGAGUGUUUGUUUCAUUUGUGGACUUGCGACCUUAUACGGCUCAGGAACAAUCUUGCACCAAGGAGCUCAACCGAUGGUUUAUUAAGCAAUUUGACGAGGGACCAUCGCGGCUGGUUGGUGAAGAGGCUGGGUUUGGUUGCUCGUGGGUCAGUCUUGAUGAUGUAACCAAUCGAUUUAUUAAAGGUGAUCCUGAGAGCGUCUACUACAAGCGAGUUCUUGAAUUACAGCGGUUGCGAUCCAUCUUUGCGGCAAGUGAGCGGCAAUGGGUUGAAGGGCAAGUGGAGCGAGCAAAGCAGCGGGCAAUCCUUGCGACUGCCAGAUCUCAGGCUGCUGCUGACCAGGCACAUGUUCAUCAGGACAUGCAAUCCCUCAGGCGAAGACAGGUUGAAAUUGAGAGUGAGAUAUAUUCCAUGUCGACAAAGGAGAAGAAGUAUCGGGAAGAGGUUGUCCCUAAGCUGUGCUCAGAGCUUGCGCGAUUACAAGAUACAUACAUUCUAGAAGGUGAUUACGACCUGAAGAUUAUGCGACAAGAAUACUAUGUAGCUCAGCAGAAAAAGUUCAUCAACCACCUGCUUAGUCAGCAGUCAAGGCACAAGUUCCUGCAAUUGGCUGGCUCCCUGGAGUCGAAGUCACACAAAAAUGCAUAUGAUCUUCUACGGGUUAUUCAGACAGAGAUCCAAGACUUCGCAUCCCUUGCUCUGGAGCGAAUCGAAAGAUACGCUCGAUUGUCAGAGGCAUCUGUACAAAUGCGAUCACGUACAACAUUUGACGAGAGAGACGUGGUCAUGGCGCGGCUUCAUGAACUCCUUACUCUUGAUUCUUUACAGGAUAAACAGGGAACGGAGGCAAUGGCUGCCAACGUACUUGUUCAAAAAAUCAAUCAACUCCGAGCUGAGCUGGACCUUCAGACAAAGGAGCUGGAGGAGAAGCUAGCCUUUGAAAAGAGGGCUUGCAUCACUGAUAUAUACGGUAUGAUUGACCAGAUGCAGCAGCUCUUGUAUGCCUCGGCAGCGACAGCGCAGCCUCAGCUCACUCCUCAGGUUUUGCAGGAUGCUUUCGCUGAGCUUGAAACUGCAAACACAGACCUCUCGACUGCCAUUGAAACCAUCACGAAGGAGCACCGAGAGAAGGCAGAGAUUGUACGGCACCAUCCUCAUGAAGUCACUCUUGAGCGGCAUGUGUUCGUUGACUUCUUCUGCGCACCUGAUAGACUCAGAGCGCUCGUUAGAGAUCUUGCUGCACGCGUAAAAGCCAACCAGGUGGUCACUUGAUCUCUGCUCUUUCAGGGCUGCCCCGAAGAGGGAAAAAAAACUAGGAAAGGGAGGGGGGGGGGGGGGGGGGGGGGGGGAGAGAGAGAGAGAGAGAGAGAGAGAGAGAGAGAGAGAGAGAGAGAGAGAGAGAGAGAGACAUUUGUCAAUUGCUGAAUUUAGCCGGGCUAAAAAUCGUUUUCUGCCUGGUCUGUUUGCCUUUCUUUCAUCUGUUUGUACCUCAAGCAUGCCUUGUCAUUUCAACUGUGUCAUUGUCAGUACCUUCUACCUUUCACAUUCCCUUAUCCGUCUCCCUGCAUUUUUCGCUCUUUGCUGUUGUUCCUCUCUUCGUUCGGACUUCUCUGACUGUUUGACUGCUGUUUCAAUCUGCUUGCAUGAUUGUCUGAUAGUAUGGGUUCUCCUCUUGACCACAUAUCAUUGCCAGUCCCUCUUCCCCCUCCCAUUUUAUGCUCAGACACCUGAACUGCCAGCAUCUUGUAUUCGACAGUACAGUAAAUCUGUUUUGUGCCA